AUGAUGGGUUUUGCUGGGAAGAUGGGACUGCCAGGGAGGCAGGGACAUGUUGGGAUUCAGGGUAUCUCUGGAAGCAGAGGGAUCCAGGGUCCUUUAGGAAAGACAGGAGCAAAGGGACUCAAAGGUAAAGCUGGCCUGAGUGGAUUUCCUGCGAAUCCUGGUGCAAAGGGAGAGAAGGGCCCAGUCGGAGUAGAUGGGAAGCCUGGGAGCCGGGGCAGACGAGGCAUGCCUGGAGCUAGAGGUUUCCAAGGAGUCCCUGGUCCCCAAGGGAAUCAAGGCCAAGGAGGGGACCAGGGGCCUAUGGGGGCCCCAGGAAGCAAGGGGCCAAUGGGACAGAGAGGGCUGUGGGGGCCACCAGGAUAUCCGGGUAAAGAUGGCCAGUCUGGAUAUGCAGGGUCGAAGGGAGAGAAAGGAGAGAAGGGAGUGAGAGGGUCCAUCGGAGAGAAGGGAGCUGCUGGUCUCGAUGGGCCGGACUGGACCAAUGGGACCUCCUGGGCCUGCAGGACGGAAGGGACAACCUGGAGAGAAAGGGCAUCGAGGUUUGCCAGGUCCAGAGGGGUCAAAGGGCAAUGUAGGAGAAAGAGGAAACCAAGGGGAGCUGGGACUUUCAGGACCGCCAGGAAAAGAGGUGGGCAGAGAAACAAACUGAUCUCUUACCCAGAGAUCAUUGGUUUCACUGGGGCAGUGGGGGAGAGGGGGAAGCAUGGCCUGCCCGGUCUCAAAGGCAAUGCUGGCCAGAGAGGCUCCACAGGACAGGCAGGGAGGUACGGCACUGUGGGGAAACCAGGGAGAAGCGGAAGCAAGGGGGAGCGUGGAGCCCCAGGCAGGACUGGAGAAGUGGGGAGACCAGGGACAGCCGGCCGGGCGGGUUCACCAGGGAAACGAGGUCUGAGUGGAAAGCGUGGGCCUGUUGGAAAGGAUGGACGUCAAGGAAAAAAGGGGGAUUCUGGGAUCCUUGGAAUGACCGGUGUUCGUGGAAACAAAGGACAAGCGGGGCCUCGAGGUUUGAAAGGAAAGAAGGGGGAAAUGGCAAAGAAAGGCAAAAUGGGUCCAGUGGGAUACACAGGAAGCCCCGGGGCGGUUGGCCCUAAGGGGCUUCCAGGGCCACGGGGUCCCCCAGGAAACAAGGGCAGCAGAGGGAAGCCAGGGGCCAAGGGUAAGACCGGUCCCCAAGGAAUGAAAGGGCGCAAGGGAGUUCCUGGAAGAGCGGGGACUGUCGGGCAGCCAGGGAAGCGAGGUCCCAAAGGCAAGCAGGGGAGAAGGGGUCGCAAGGGUUUGGAUGGACUGCUGGGAGUGAUAGGGAACGAAGGGGAUCCGGGCGAUGACGGACGUGCUGGGCGCUCAGGUCGUCCUGGAAGGCCAGGGAGAAGGGGUAGCCCUGGACCAGCAGGCCUGCGGGGGACACAAGGAGUGAAGGGACCCAAGGCAUCUCCAGGGAGAAGAGGGAAAGUGGGACCACCCGGCCCUGUUGGACCCCGGGGGAUUCCAGGAAUAAGGGGUGGAAAUGGAAGACAAGGACCCCAGGGAGUAAAGGGGUUACAAGGAGCUAAGGGGCUCCCAGGUCCUCCAGGACGCCCCGGGAUUAAAGGCAGUCGAGGACUCCAAGGCUUCAGAGGUCCUCCGGGACCCAAAGGGAAGCAGGGCAAUAUUGGGCCACCUGGUCACCAUGGGAGCAGAGGCUUACCAGGUCUUCCUGGUCUGUUUGGCAAUAAGGGUUUGAAAGGGAUUCGGGGAGAAACAGGACCAAAGGGACACCGUGGCUCACCAGGACGUGUCGGACCUCCUGGCCCUCCAGGACCCAGAAAGAGACAACAUAUGAAGCAGGGUGUGCUGCGCAGUUUGAGAGGGUGGAAGGGUGUGCAGCUGGACCAGGUGCCUCUGGAUGUGAAGCCCUGGUUCAGCUGGGCUCAGGGCACCAAGGAGAACCCUGCCACCACCUGCUGGGAACUGAAACUGAGCAACCCGGAGCUGAGCAACGGGUAUUACUAUGUGGACCCCAAUCAAGGCUGCCCUUUGGAUGCUCUGUACGUUUUCUGUGACUUCACUGCUGGGGGCGCCACCUGCGUCUCUCCAGUCACGUCCCGGGGCUCAGGGAAAUGGGGACCCAGAAAGCCAGGGGCAGGGCAGUGGUUCAGUGAACUCCCGACAGGAUUCAGGUUUGAGUAUUCAGGCCUGACUGUGGUCCAGCUGAGGUUUCUACGGUUACACAGUAACUCCGCCUCCCAGCGCCUAAGCCUCUGGUGCCCACCUGCCAUUGUCAUGGACCCCAGGAGAUCCAUGGCUUUGCAUUUCCGUGGCGACAGUGAGGAGGAGAUCAGAAGUGGAGACCCCGCCUACAGAGUUACCUACGAUGGCUGUCAGCCGGAGGGGCCCCACACUGUCGAGGGCCUCUUUGAGGUGCGGGGCCCCCGCGUGGAGCUUCUGCCCCUGCGAGACCUGGCACUGGAGAGCAGGGGUCCGUGGGAGAGGGAGGAGGAGGGCAGCUUUGUCCUGGGACCCCUCUGCUUCUUGUAGCCCUGUUCUGAAGAGAAUGCCUUCAAGCACCUGGUGAGCUGUCUUGGGUUUAAAAAAAACUCACAGAAAAACAUACAAACUUUGCAUCAUUUUUCUGAAAGUAACAUCAAGACAAGGAAGGCUGAAGACAUAAGAAAUCUGAAGACAUUAAACAUGCCAACUGCAGACUCCUAUCCACACAGACUAUAAUCUCAGUUUGGAUUCACUAUGAAUGUUUUGUCUUGUUUUGUGCUGUUUUAUUUGUUUAGUCAGUUAGUUUACAGCUCCCUGGGGUGUUAGCUAAAUUUAAUAUUGUUAUAUAAUUAUAUUGUUAUAUUUUCACAAUGAUCCAUGGGUUAUGUGAGCUGUCUAAACUGUUGGAAUCAUUUUUUUUGUUUAACAGCUAAAAUGGUCUCCAGUCCUUGGCUAAAUUGUAUUUAUUAUGUAUUAUUGUUUUUGUAAUUUUCAAUUUCGGUCCAAUGUUUUUUUUAGUUAGUCCUCAUCUUUACUGGGAUUUUUUUAAAAACUGUAACAUAUAGAACUAUGAAUUUUGAAAUGUACUUGAAAAUAGGAGGUGGAAAUAAGAAGCCAUGUGAUGUGAGCUGCAGGAAUAGCGAUACAGUAAACUGGGUAUUGGAAGACAAUGCAGUGUCUAUGUGCGAUCAAAACGUGUCAUCUGGAUAACAGUGAACCGGAGUUUGUAAUCCUAUAUUUUGUGAUUGAGAUUACUUUUGUCUGGAUCAUUUUUAUCUGUUUUGUCAGAAAAUGUCAGUGCUGAAUUACAUUUAUCCAGAUUACAAAUAAAACGAAAUUCUUUUUUUUUUUUUUUAAAGUAGUUUUGAUCACAAAAUACAGGAUUACAAACUCUGUCUCACUGUUAUCCAGAUUACACGUUAAUACAGGAUUACAAACUCCGGCUCACUGUUAUCCAGAUUACACGUUAAUACAGGAUUACAAACUCUGGCUCACUGUUAUCCAGAUUACACGUUAAUACAGGAUUACAAACUCUGGCUCACUGUUAUCCAGAUUACACGUUAAUACAGGAUUACAAACUCUGGCUCACUGUUAUCCAGAUUACACGUUAAUACAGGAUUACAAACUCUGUCUCACUGUUAUCCAGAUUACACGUUAAUACAGGAUUACAAACUCUGGCUCACUGUUAUCCAGAUUACACGUUAAUACAGGAUUACAAACUCUGGCUCACUGUUAUCCAGAUUACACGUUAAUACAGGAUUACAAACUCUGGCUCACUGUUAUCCAGAUUACACGUUAAUACAGGAUUACAAACUCUGGCUCACUGUUAUCCAGAUUACACGUUAAUACAGGAUUACAAACUCCGGCUCACUGUUAUCCAGAUUACACGUUAAUACAGGAUUACAAACUCUGGCUCACUGUUAUCCAGAUUACACGUUAAUACAGGAUUACAAACUCCGGCUCACUGUUAUCCAGAUUACACGUUAAUACAGGAUUACAAACUCUGUCUCACUGUUAUCCAGAUUACACGUUAAUACAGGAUUACAAACUCUGGCUCACUGUUAUCCAGAUUACACGUUAAUACAGGAUUACAAACUCUGUCUCACUGUUAUCCAGAUUACACGUUAAUACAGGAUUACAAACUCCGGCUCACUGUUAUCCAGAUUACACGUUAAUACAGGAUUACAAACUCCGGCUCACUGUUAUCCAGAUUACACGUUUUGAAAACGACAUGCUUUUAAACUGCUAGCAUGUUGCCUAAUCUCAUUGCAGGGCUCAUCUAUUUUGGCUAGACAUUGAGUUUUAACAAUUUUUUUUAUUUUACUUCAUGUUCCUGUUUUAUUGACUGUUUUGCAUAUUUGUUUUUAAUUUAAUGUUAUUUUUAUGAUGAUCUUGGCUUCUAGCUGCAUGUUACUCCAAUUUAAUUUUGUAUAAAACAGAAAGUACAGGAUAAAUAAGCCAGUACCAUUGUAAACAGAUCCACGUUUUCUUUAGCUCUGCUCACAGUACUCAGACCUUCAGGUCUUUACACAGAGAGAGAGCUUGUAAUGGAUUGCUUACAGGCAUGUUCAAUUGUGUAAGAGAUUAUAGAAAUAAGUGUACCAGAAAGAACACACAAAAAAGAUGUCUGAAAUAAAUAAAAUGUAUUCUACUGAACAGGAUUCUUACCUUAUUGAACUGAAUGGGUCCCCUCAAAUAUCACUGCUGUUAUUCUUCAUGGAAAUAUUUAUUAAAUGGAAAGCUUAAAGUAUGUGUUCUAAUAUAGUGUAAUCUAUUCUGAUAAA